AGGAAACAAAAGUGGCUCGAGUCACUAAACAUACAAAAUUAUGAUCCACCAAAAUCAGCAGCUGUGUGUUCGGAACAUUUUAAGGAACAAGAUUAUGAAUCGAACCAUUCUUACAGGAAAUUGAAAAAAGAUGCUAUUCCAUAUUUAACUGAAGAUGCUAUAAAUGAUAAAGAAAAUAUUGAUAAUACAAAUAAUACAAAAAUAAUAAUACAGAAUUCCGUAAUACAACAUAAGGAUACACAAGGCGCAACAUCAAUUGUGGAAAAUAUGUACAAUGAUAAAGAAGAUACUAGUAUGUGUAUAAAAGAUAUUUAUAUAGAAAGUGAAACAACAUACAACAUACAGGAGGAUAUAAGAGGCGCAACAUCAAUUGUGGAAAAUAUAUACAAUGAUAAAAGAGUAAUACAUCGGUCAACAAGUAUAUCUCCGCAAAGGAUUUUUGAUUCACCUGCAAAAACUCGAAUACGUAAACAUUAUACAAACCAAAUUAAAAAAUUGAAGAACCAGUUAUAUACUAGUACGUAUAAAUAUAAGAAAGCACGCGAGACAAUCAAAUCACUAAAAGAGGUCCUUAAAGAUCAAAAGAUCUCAUUUAUAUCUGUAAAAACGUAGAAACCGCUUUAACUAUUUUUAAAAAUACUCAUACAACUUUACAAGCCUUUCAAAUGAAUGUUUUUGUAUACAAU